CGGCGCCGGCGCAAUGCCGAAGCUGACUUCCCUCCCUCCACCCUCCCCAUCUCCUUGAGCCGCCAUGCCGGAGCCGCGCGGAAAGUGCCAGCUGCGGGUGAACGAGGCCUUCGCUGCACGUUACGGACGCUACCGACAGCGCGAGGAGCUGCAGAAGCUAAAGGACCGAUAUGGGGACCGCCCCGAGUCCAGUGGAGACUCGGACUCCGAUUCCGACUCCAGCGAGGAGCGCGUGGAGUUUGACCCAGAACUCGACAAGGGAUUUUACCGUACUCUGUCCCUGUUGAAGAAGAAGGACCCCAGGAUCUACCAAGAGGGUGCCACGUUCUAUAAUGAGGCUGAACACUCCUCUUCAGAGGAAGAUGAGAAACCCUCAGAAAAAAAGAAGAAAGAGAAGCCCAUGUACCUUAAGGACUAUGAAAGAAAGGUCAUUCUGGAAAAGGAAGGGAAGUACGUAGAUGAGGAGGACUCAGACCAAGAAGCCAAAAGGCAGAAGCAUCAGCAAACCAGCUCUCGAAGUUACAUGGAAGAACAGAAGCGCCUCAGGGAGAGCUUUCGGCAGUUUGUGGAAGACAGUGAUGGAGAAGAGAGCGCUGGAGAGGGCGGCUCCGGUCUCCUGAAGAAACGGACAAAGACUAAGGAGGAGAAGGCCCAGGAGGAAGCUGACUAUGUGGACUGGCUAAAGGGGCAGACGGACACCGAUGACCAGGAGGGCCUGAGGGAGCUGACCCAUCUCAGGGAGUACUGGAGCAACCCGAAGCUGGAUGAUGGAGAGAAGUUCCUGAGAGACUACAUUCUGAACAGGGGCUAUGAGGAGGAGGAGGAGGAGGAGGAGGAGGACAAUGCAGAGGAUGAAGACGACAGUGAGGAGGAGGACAACAAAAGUGCUGGAGGGCAACUGAGAGUGGACGACUCCUCCGAUGAGGGCGAGCUGUUCCUGAGGAAGCAGGAGGACUUUGAGAGGAAAUACAACUUCCGCUUUGAGGAGCCAGACUCGGAGCAGGUAAAGACCUACCCCAGGACCAUUGCCUCCUCUGUCCGGAGAAAGGAUGAACGGAGGAAGGAGAAGCGGGAGGCCACUCGGGAACGCAAGAAAAAGGAAAAGUUGAAGAAGCAGGAAGAAUUGAAGCAGCUGAAAAAUCUUAAACGCCAAGAGAUCCUGGACAAGCUGGAAAAGCUGCGGGAGAUCACUGGCAAUGAGGAUGGUGGCUUUGGCUUUGAAGAGGCUGACCUGGAGGGAGAUUUUGACCCAGCCAUGCAUGACCAGCUCAUGCAGAAAUGCUUUGGGGAUGAAUACUACGGUGUUGGAGAAGAGGAGAAGCCACAGUUUGAGGAGGAGGAGGGCUUUGAUGAUGUUUGGAACUGGGACACAUGGACGGGAGCUGAGGGGAACGGAGCCUGGAGGGAGGAAGCAGCGGAGCCCCACUGUGAGGAUCCCGACUUCAAUAUGGACGCAGAUUAUGACCCCAGCCAGCCAACCAUCAGGAGUGGGAAGAAGAAAAAGAAGUGGGAUGGGCCAAUGACCGGCAAGAAGAGACGGAAAUCCCACUUUGCCGAAGUGGUCAGCCAGGAGAGGCCUGUCUUUGACCCUGAGGACAAGACCUUUGAGGAGUACCUGGAUGAAUACUACAGGCUGGACUAUGAGGACAUCAUCGACGACCUGCCCUGUCGUUUCAAGUAUCGCUCGGUGGUGCCCUGCGACUUUGGCCUAACCACAGAGGAGAUUCUGGCCUCAGAUGACAAGGAGCUGAAUCGCUGGUGCUCCCUCAAGAAGACCUGCAUGUACAGAUCAGAGCAGGAGGAGCUCCGAGAGCAGAAGCAGUACAGCCUGAAGGCAAAGAACACUCGAAAGAAGCACCAAAUCCUGCAGUCCCUUGCCCAACAGACUGAGGAGACCCCUGGCCCUGUACCAACACCCAGGAAAAGGGACCAAGGACCAGAGCCCUUAGAGGAGAGCAGCAGGAAGAAACCCAAGCUGGAGGUCACCUCUGAGGAAGAGGAGGAAGAGGACUUUCUGGUACCAAAAGCUCAAGGUCCAGCCACUCCUGCCACUAUGGCCACCCAGAAGCAGGAUGGGGCUGAGCCUCAGGUGGCUUCAUCUUCAAGACCCAAGAAAAGUCUUCGGGGCAAGAAAGGGAGACUUCUGGGACCCAGGGUGAAGUUGGGGGGCUUUGAGUUCAGCCACCAGAGACUGCAGGCCUACGGGCUAAAUGCAAAGCGGUUGCACUACCGCCAGUUGGGCAGAGAACGGAAGAAGCGGGCCCGGGCCCAGGCCCAGGCAACAGCCUGAGCUUGAGCAGCACCCAUUCCAGUUCUCCCUUCCCUAUGGCUGCCUUUGGGGGAAGGGGAGAGCUGGAGUAUAAAAUAAAAGUAGAUUUAUACAUGAA